CAACGUCGUACCCUGCGCGAGUUUCAGACCAUUGCCGGCUGGGUCAACUGGGCCCUCAACGUCUACCCCAUCUUGCGCCCUGGCCUCUCCGAGCUCUAUGAAAAGACUCGGGGCAAGUCUUUACCCCAUGCUCCCAUCUGGGUCAACAAGACGAUGAAGAUGCAGUUGUGCUGGAUUGCCGACCACAUCGCCACGUCGGAUGGGAUCUAUAUGAUGGACUCCAACACCUGG